UAUCAUAGGCUAUGGUUCACGAAGAUCCCGCUGUAGGGACGACGGAGAUUUUAUUGAUUAGUACCCAGAAAAGCAAAAAGGACGUUUGCAAUAGUUAAUAUGUCUCUUCCAUUUUCCGGCUCGAAAUCGAAAUCUGCUGGUGUGUUUAGCGCUAUCAGAAAACAAACGCAGUUGUUAAAUCUAAAACCGGCCAAAAAAGUUUUGGUCAAGUUUGACCCGUUUGGUGAAAAUGCCGUCACGGUCAGAAAUUUUAUGUACUAUUUUCAUAUUCCUAAGAUAAUUAAUACAAAUCCUGCGUGUAUUCUAAGAAAUCAAGUUGUCAACGACAGAACUGAACCAACAAUUGAAGUUUCUCUUGUUAAUGGUGAAUCUGUUUUGUUCAAGUGUAGCAACCUCACUACCUUAGAAAUAUUUCAACAAUUUAAUAAGCACAUUACACCUUUAGCGCCUAAAGAAGAAAUAGCUGAUAACGUAGUUACAAAGACUGAAAAAAAAAAGAAACGUUAGAAGACAUGGCCAAAAAAGAACA